GAUAGAGACUAGAAGACAGAAACUCUGGGUAUGCCAGGGGCAAAGCUGUUCCUGCACGUCCUGGAGUCAAGAGGACAUCUUGGCUUCUCACCAACAACAAAACUGAAGGAAGAUCCUUGGAAGAGGCUUGUGGGUGCCACCAUGAUGCCCCAACUCUUGGCUCUGCUCUGCACUGGGCUGUGUGCCGGCCAAGGAAGCAGGACAACUGACGAGCCCCUUCCCAAGCCCUCCCUCAGGGCCUGGCCCAGCUCGGUGGUGCCUCGCGAGAGUAAUGUGACACUGCAGUGCCAAACGUCUACCAAGAAUGUCAACUUUGUUCUCAGAAAGGGAAAAGUUCCACUGCAGUCCGUGCAAUCACGGGCUUCCACAGAGGGCCUGGCUGAAUUUCACCUCACUGACCUAAAAACCGACAAUGCUGGAGAGUACAGCUGUGAGUACUACAGACUAGGGAGCCCGUACGUAAGUUCGCGGCCCAGUGACGUCCUCCUACUGCUGGUGACAGGAGAUUUAACAAAACCUUCCCUCCAAGCCCACCCAAGGGGGGAGGUGAAUGCAGGAGACACUGUGACCCUGCAGUGCCAGAGGCCAGACAAUAUUUUCGCGCCUGUAAUGUUCGCUCUACUGAAGGCGGGGGCAGCAGAGCCCAUACGGGUCCAGAGUCCUGCAGGGAAGGAGACGGACUUCUCCCUCCAGACUGUGACAGUCAGUGAUGCCGGGAACUACAGCUGUGUGUACUUCCAGACAGGGAUUCCUUUCUGGGCUUCACACCCUAGCGAUCAUCUUGAGAUCCAGGUGACAGGAACCUUCUGAGUUUCUUGAUAUGCUGUUCCUGGCAUGAGUACAUCAGUGACAGAAUGGCUCACCUGGAAGGAUCCAGGAAGCUGUCGUCAAGCCUAAUCACCACCUUUCCCGUGUUCCUUCAGCAACUGUUCAAACCCUGACAACCAUCACCAAGGGCAACAGGCUGAGGAAGACAGGAGGGUGUCAUCUGGGGGGUGGGGGGUGGCAGGGAGAUGACUGAAUAUAGGUGCAUUGACAGAUUACUGCAAACGGAGCCCAAGAGUUUCCCUUUGGGAUUCGCCAGAGCUUUUUAUAAACCCUUUUGACAUUUUUGGUGGUCACUGCUGGGGAUGGGGGAUAGAGGAUGCUCCCGGCAUCUAGGAGGCAGAGACCGCAGAAGCUGCAAAACACCCUGUGAUGCCCAGGACCCCUCCCCACCAAGAACUAUCCAGCCCUGAAUAUCAAUGGCGCCCAGGUUGAGAAACCCUGCUCCAGACCCACUGUCUAGUUUCCAGGUACACACCAGAGUUCUUGCAGGGAUUUUAAGGGUGGAGACCAUACUCUCCUCCAAUUCCUGAAGCCUCUAAUUCCUUAAACUAUGCGCCCCGGACCAGUAGCUGUUUCAGAAACUACUUAGCAGAGUACUGUCUUCCUUCAAGGUCACUUGUGGUGUUUUGGGUUUUUUUUCCCUUUUAUCCUGAAGUUUGAUUUGUCUCCAGUUUCCCAGCGAUCUCUUCAGAGCCAGACCCUAGGAGCCUGAUGGCUCGUGGGGUUUACUCAUCAUUUCUAAAGUUGGAAUGAGAUCAAUGCAGUCUCUGGUUUAGAGGAGAGCAGAAUGUACCUGGCAGGGGGUAGGAGGGGAGGGUGAGUAGACAGGAGGUGGUUGAGUCGAACAGUGUCCCACUUCCUGACGGUGUGGCUCCACAGGACAGAGAGGUGAGGAGCUACAGGUGAUACCACAGGGAACAGAGGAAACAGUGGUCCGGAGUGAACAAACUUCCCAGGCCUGCUGCCUUCUUGGAAGCUCAGGGCUGGGGGAGGA